CACACACCCUGCUGGGGACAUGAUCUGCCAGGAGUGUGGCCUGGUAGUGGGAGACCGGUGAGUACACACACCAUGCUGGGGACAUGAUCUGCCAGGAGUGUGGCCUGGUAGUGGGAGACCGGUGAGUACACACACCCUGCUGGGGACAUGAUCUGCCAGGAGUGUGGCCUGGUAGUGGGAGACCGGUGAGUACACACACCCUGCUGGGGACAUGAUCUGCCAGGAGUGUGGCCUGGUAGUGGGAGACCGGUGAGUACACACACCAUGCUGGGGACAUGAUCUGCCAGGAGUGUGGCCUGGUAGUGGGAGACCGAGUGAUAGAUGUUGGAUCUGAGUGGAGAACCUUCAGCAAUGACAAGAAUACAAAAGAUGCGUCUCGAGUUGGUGCAGCAGAGAACAGCCUUCUUGAUGGUGGUGACCUCUCCACGAUGAUCGCAGCCGUCCCCGGUGGAGGGAAGGACAUGGUGGACGAGUUUGGCAAACCCAUGUACAGGAACAGGAGAACGAUGAACAGUUCUGACCGAGCCCUGCUAAAUGCAUUCCGUGAGAUCAACCAGAUGGCAGACAGACUCAACCUGCCCAAGAUGAUAGCUGAUCGAGGCAACACACUAUUCAAGCAGGUGCAUGAGGGCAAGUCCUUGAAGGGCCGCAGCAAUGAUGCCAUUGCCUCAGCCUGUAUGUACAUAGCAUGUCGACAGGAAGGUGUGCCCAGAACAUUUAAGGAGAUCUGUGCUGUAUCUAAAAUAUCCAAGAAGGAAAUCGGACGGGUGUUCAAGCUGAUCCUGAAGACUCUGGAGACGAACGUGGAGCUCAUCACUACCGGGGACUUCAUGUCGCGGUUCUGCUCCAACCUACAGCUGCCCUCCUCCGUACAGAAGGGGGCGACUUACAUCGCACGCAAGGCUGUGGACAUGGACCUGGUGCCUGGCCGGAGCCCCAUCUCGGUGGCGGCAGCAGCCAUCUACAUGGCCUCACAGGCCUCCAGCGACAAGAAAUCUCAGAAGGAAAUCGGAGAUAUUGCUGGUGUGGCUGAGGUGACAAUCCGCCAGUCAUACAAGCUUAUGUACCCUAAAGCACAUCAACUGUUCCCAGAAGAUUUCAAGUUUGCAACACCCAUAGAACAGCUGCCCAUGCAGUGAGCUACAGCUGUUACUGCAGAGAUGCAGACCCAUAAAUACUGAGUCAUGUACAGGUAUAUGAACAGACAUGGAAACACACACAUGAAUACUGAGUCAUGUACAGGUAUAUGAACAGACAUGGAAACACACACAUGAAUACUGAGUCAUGUACAGGUAUAUGAACAGACAUGGAAACACACACAUGAAUACUGAGUCAUGUACAGGUAUAUGAACAGACAUGGAAACACACACAUGAACAGACACAUAAAUACUGAGUCAUGUACAGGUACAUGUAUAUGAACAGACACAUGACACACAAACUGACACAGACACAUGACACACAAACAGACACAUGCCACUCAAACAGACACAUGACACUCACACAGACACAUGACACAUAAAUAGACAUGUGAACAUACUUAAGAACAGCCACAGGCAAUUUAACAGACAUUUAAACAGCUACAGACACAUGCACAGACACACAUUGGAUACAAGCAGACAGUGGGUUUCACCAAAGUUUUAAGCGUCUGAGACCUGCAUCACUUAAGGCUGACACGCUAUGAUAUAACUGGAAUACUGUUAAAAGCGGCUUUAAACCCAACUCACUCACUACAAAGGAUGCAAUGUCACAAUGUCACAAUGUCUACAUGCAGUUCAUAUCACACCAGCCACAGAAACUUGUUUGGACAACAGAAUAAUGACCAUGGGGUGGAGCAGCAUUGUCCUGCUGCUGUAUCAUUUGUCCUCCAUGUGGGAGGCUAGGGACUGAAUGGAAUCAUGAUGUAAUAUGCCUCAGUUGGAGGAGUUGCAGCUCACAAUGGAACUGAAUGUAUUUCAUGCGUUGAUCAAGUACAUCAUUAAAACAUAUCCAGCUUCAUCAUCUACUGAAUGUUUCUUCUGUGUGGUGUAAGGCCCAUCAAGAUAUGGGGUAUGGUAUCCAAAAUAUUUUUACGGGCCAUCAAACUGUGGACUUAUGGCAUCUGAAUAGUCUAAGGGCCAUCAAUAUAUGAGGAUAUGGUAUCUGAAUGGUGUAAGGCCCAUCAAGAUAUGGGGUAUGGUAUCUGAAUGGUCUAAGGGCCAUCAAGAUAUGGGGUAUAGUAUCUGAAUGGUGUAAGGACUAUCAAGAUGUGGGAUAUGGUAUCUGAAUGGUCUAAGGCCCAUCAAGAUAUGUGGGUAUGGUAGCCUAGUGGUCUAAGGCCAUAAAGCUGUGGGAGUAUGGUAUCUGAAUGGUCUAAGGGUCAUCAAGCUAUGUAGAUAUGGUAUCUGAAUGGUCUAAGGGUCAUCAAGCUGUGUAGAUAUGGUAUCUGAAUGGUCUAAGGUCCAUCAAGCUGUCAAAUUAUGUUAUCUGAAUGGUCUAAGGGCCAUAGAUGUUGUAGCCAAGUGAUCGAAGGGCCCUCAAGCUGUGGAGGUAUUGUAGCCUAGUGGUCUGAGAUCAUUUAUGCAUGGAGAGGAUGGAGGGCAAUAAUUCACCCCAAUUAUAAGCCUUGGUAUGUCUGCACCACACCCAUGCAAGUGGAUUAGGAUCCUCACACAUUAUUGGUCCUGGUUACAGUCUUCAGCAACCUGUGCUUGUCAUAAGAGGUGACUAACAUGAUCAGCCUUGCUCCCUUGGUUUGAUGUCAUUGUAUCCCAGUUGCUGGAUCUAUGCUCAUAAUGUCAGUCACUGGAUUGUCUGGUCUAAAAUUGAUUAUUUACAGACUGCCAUCAUAUAGCUGGAAUAUUGCGGAGUGCAUUGAUAAAGUACCCAAGAAAUCAACAUUAUGAUGUGACUAAGACUUGAUGUUUGGUGUAUUUCCGUGGUAUGCCCGCUGUGUUGCUGCUUUGUGGCCACACUGGUUUGAUGAGCUGAAGUUUGCCACCUCUUUGUAAUGUUGCAGGUUCAAAAUCAUUUUACUUUAUUGAUGUUACUUUGGUUUUAGUUUUACAUGUGCAUGAUGUGUAUGAUGUAAGUCAGUCAUUGGGGAAGAUCUAUCAUGUCAUCCCUAUGUUGUAUUCUAUGUCCUAUGUAGUCCCAAUGCUGUGUCCUACAGCAACAUGUCACAUUGUGUUGUACAGCAACAUGUCACAUUGUGUUGUACUGCAACAUGUCACAUUGUGUUGUACUGCAACAUGUCACAUUGUGUUGUACUACAACAUGUCACAUUGUGUUUUACUGCAACAUGUCACAUUGUGUUGUACUGCAACAUGUCACAUUGUGUUGUACUGCAACAUGUCACAUUGUGUUGUACUGCAACAUGUCACAUUGUGUUUUACUGCAACAUGUCACAUUGUGUUGUACUGCAACAUGCUACAUUGUGUUGUACUGCAACAUGCUAUAUUGUGUUGUGCUGCAACAUGCUAUAUUGUGUUGUGCUGCAACAUGCUACAUUGUGUUGUACUGCAACAUGCUAUAUUGUGUUGUACUGCAACAUGCUAAAUUGUGUUGUACUGCAACAUGUCACAUUGUGUUGUACUGCAACAUGUCACAUUGUGUUGUACUGCAACAUGCUACAUUGUGUUGUACUGCAACAUGCUAUAUUGUGUUGUGCUGCAACAUGCUAUAUUGUGUUGUGCUGCAACAUGCUACAUUGUGUUGUACUGCAACAUGCUAUAUUGUGUUGUACUGCAACAUGCUAAAUUGUGUUGUACUGCGACAUGUCACAUUGUGUUGCACUGCGACAUGCUACAUUGUGUUGUACUGCAACAUGCUAUAUUGUGUUGUGCUGCAACAUGCUACAUUGUGUUGUACUGCAACAUGCUAAAUUGUGUUGUACUGCAGUAUGCUACAUUGUUGUACUGCAUCACACAUUGUGUGGUAAUUCAAAAUAUUACAUUGUGUUGUUCUACAAGAUACAUUGUGUUGUAUUGCAACAUGCUACAUUAUGUUGUACUGCAGUAUGUUACAUUGUUGUACUGCAACAUGUUACAUUGUUGUACUGCAUCACACAUUGUGUGGUACUUUAAAAUAUUACAUUGUGUUGUACUACAAGAUACAUUGUGUUGUACUGCAACUAUCCUGCAUGGUGGACAUGUUUUGUGACCACAUACUGCAAGGAUGGUAUUGUUGUACAUGUACAGAUAUGCUUUCCCUUUGCUUUGCAAGUCAUGUUGUAUUGUAUGUACUGUUUUCACAACAUCCGGUUCACUUUUCAGACAGGAUGUAAUAUCACAGCAAAUGGAAUACUGGUACUGUCCAGUCUGUGAGAAUAGCUUAAGUUCUUAUUUUAUUCUUCUGUUCUACUAAGACAUGCCAAUUCAAAACAUAGAUAUUUGAGUUGGUGAGUCACACAGCCUGGAAGAGGUCUAUCAGUUUUAGGGUAUCCUCCUCUUAUUUGUUACCUACUUCUUUACCCACAAGCAAAACAUACUGAUUGUCCAUGGAAUGUUGGAAGGAAAGUUCACGUGAUAUGUCGUAAAACAUGUAUUAUUCACGUACAUGAACAAAGCAAAAUAUGAACCUUUCUAAUUUUGUAUGAAUGUUUUUAUUGAUAUGUUUGUUGUUGUUACUGUAAAUAAUUGAAAUAAACUAUUUACGCUCAA